GUUCACAUUUGUAGGCCGCUGCCAUGAAGAAAUUUUUCUCAAAAAUUGACGGUUCAACACAACAAAAUGCACAUAUUGGAAAAGUGUUCCAAGUUGGGAGAUACAGUGUCACAGUUGAAGAUGUGAUUGCAGAAGGUGGUUUUGCCAUUGUGUUUUUGGUGAAGGCUCAAAAUGGAUCCCGCUAUGCCCUCAAGCGCAUGUACGUCAACAAUGACCGUGAUUUGGCAGUCUGUCAAAAAGAAAUCAAAAUUGCUCGAGACCUCAGUGGUCACAAGAAUAUCAUCCAUUUCCUUGACUCCAGCGUCACGGUCACCCCAAACAGAGUGUACGAGGUUCUCAUCCUGAUGCAAUACUGCAGAGGGUCUGUCAUACAACUCAUGAAUGACCGGAUAAACAGUGGCUUCUCAGAGAAGGAAGUGCUGAAAAUAUUCUGUGAUGUGUCUGAGGCAGUGUCUCGUCUCCACCACUGUCAGACACCCAUAUUACACAGGGACCUCAAGGUUGAGAACAUCCUCAUUGGAGAAGGGGGGAACUAUGUGUUGUGUGAUUUUGGCAGCGCCACAGGUCGAACCAUGGUGCCAGAAUCUCAUAACGUAAAACAGAUUGAAGAGGAUAUUCAAAAAUAUACAACAUUAUCAUAUAGAGCACCUGAGAUGGUUGAUCUUUAUGGGGGGAAACCCAUCACAACAAAGGCUGACAUAUGGGCGCUGGGCUGCUUGUUGUACAAACUGUGCUUCUUCUCACUUCCUUUUGGAGAAAGCUCGCUGGCCAUUCAGAGUGGUAAUUACACUGUCCCAGAUCACUCCAGAUACUCCAAGAAACUACAUUCAUUAAUAGCUUUCAUGCUUGAAGUUGAGCCUGAAAAGAGACCAGACAUCUACCAAGUGUGUUGUGUUGCUUUCCGUUUAAUGGGAAGGGAAAACCCUGUGCCAAAUAUGAAUUCUUCUACAACACCAGACAUGAACUCUCUUCCUACACCCAUGUCUGAGGCAGAGGCGCGCCAGACCAGGACAACAGCACAGAAGUCGGUGGUAUCAUCAUCAAUAGAGAGUACGAGCGUGACACCUAGACAGAGGCCGAAGGGGUCAGCAAUGCCUCAGAGUGGAGGUCUUGGAUUGCCCAUUCAGACUGCUAUAGUGCCGAGGAAAAGACCCUCAGCCAGCAACCCUAACACACCUGUUGAUCCCCAGCAGCCGUCUCCAAGCUACGCUGGGCAGCAGCACCUAGCACCCUCCCCACAGUACCCUCAACAGCCAUCACCACAGUACCCCCCAGGGCAAGCACCUGUCUUCAACUCACAACAGAUGCAGUUCCUGGGUCAGCAGCAACUGCCUGUACCCCAGGGCUCCCAGAUGUACUCGUCCCAACCCCCUGCAGUAUUACAACAUGUCCUCAGUGACCAGUACAAGCAGCAGGCUAUCUCACAGUCUCAUAGUGCUGAAAACUUAAUGUUCCCUGCCAAUUUCUCUGACCCAUUCCAAGAGCCGGGAGCAGGGGGUGUUGGUGUUACUUCUGUAGAAACAGGACAGUUAAUACAGAUUGAUGAUGACCUACAUCACCAUCAAUUAAAACAACCGCAGCAGCAGCAGCAACAACAACAACAACAACAACCGCAACAGCAACAACAGAAAGAGACCACUCCACCAUGUGUAUCAACGCAGGAGGAUAUGUUUAAAAAGCCUGUUGUUCCUCCUCCAAAGAUGAACACAGUUGAUGAUGAUCAGAAAGAUAACCAGCCUCUUAUUGCCCUCACCCCACCUGCAUCCCCUCAGAGGCACGUGAAAGCUCAUCGGCGGAAUGUCAGUGAUACGUCAUUCCUCACCAUGGGGGGCAAGGGAAGUGCAUUCAGGGCCUACAAUGCAACCAGCAACCUUCUGUCCGCUCCCCUGGAGAACAAGUCUAAGUCAGCCAGCACAACACCAGUCCACUCUCCUCCAUUGUCAGAACACAUUAGGGCAUUAUCUGUAGAUUUAUCAGAUUGGAACCCUUUCGGUGAUGACAACUUUGGAGCCAACUCAGAUGACAUGAUGUUUGGUGCAGAGUUUGAUAGAAUAAGGCGUGGAUCCAACACAAGUAUAUCCAAUGUAAAAAGUAGAGAAGAUUUAGUCAUGUCCGGGUCCGACUCUUCAGAUCCCUUCUCAAAUGCACCUUUCAGGAAACCAGGGGAUGAGUACAGCCCAUCCCAUGGAAGUCCAGAUUCAGAAGAUGAUCGCCCAAAGAAGGAGAAGAAACUGCCAUCGGAAUCUGAGUCCAAGAGCUUCCUCGGUGCAGGGAACUUGAAGGCGGCCUUGUCAAGGUCUAAGUACCAGCAGCUGGUGGACACAGACGAGUCUGAGAAGGAGGAGAUCCGGCACUCUAAAUCCCAGACGGAGGGGCGGAAGGGUUCUGAGGGCAGCCACAGAGACAGGAUAGAAUCGAGUUCGUCAUAUGCGGAGGAUGACCAUUGUGAUGGGGUAACUGAGCCGAGGAUGAAAGAUUUCAGCUAUCAGGAGCUUGAUGAUGAAUAUGGAAGUCGUCCGGUUGAUAUUCCUACGCGCAGGAAGGACGUGGAGCAUGUGGCUCCACGGGAGGUGAGUGUCCGGAACAGUAAAAAUGACAUGCGAUCAGACAGCUUCCAGUCGGAUCGGAUAGUUGGACAUGAGUAUGGUGUGAAGCCACUGCUGGAUGAUGAUGAGCUGCAAGAUGCAUACGGCAAUCAGCAUCACUAUAUGUCAAAACCUGUGACUGAAGAUGUAAAUGUGAACAAUAACAGUAAAAUGAACUCAUCUCGAGCCUCAGCUUUGAGUCCAGAGGAAGGGCCUGAUGAUAUAUUUGGUGCUGCUCCAUUUAAGAAGAAAGGGAGUAAGAAGCGCCCUGGGAGUAGCAUUGCUUCUGGACCAAGUGCUUCUUCACAAGCCAGUCCAGCUGUUGAUGAAGUGUUUGAUAAUGCUCCCUUCAAAUAUCGAGGUUCAUUGAAGAGCCAAGCCUCUUCUCAGACUGUCAGUCCUGCAGAUAGUACUACUCCCAGCUAUGCAUCUCACUCUGCACAGAGUCCCGAGAAUGAUGUGUUUGGGAAUGCUCCAUUCGGAGGAAAGAUAACGCCCAGUUCCACAGCUACUGGCCCCUCCUCAUGCCCGGUGUCGCCUAUAGGUGAGGACCAAAUUGUGAUAACCCCUGUGGAUGCCCUGCCUGGUUCAGGGUAUCAAGUCAGGACUGCUUUAGGGGGGAGCUCAGCAGCUCAGAAGAUUUCAGGAGUCCGAGAGAUUGGGUCACAAGAAAUACCGCCAUCAAACACAGCUGAGGAUCCUUUCGGGGCAGUUCCGUUCCAUCGUGCCGUGAGCUCGCAUUCUAUCCGGAGAGACGAGCAGACCCAGUCUUCUAGUCCAGGGGGGCAGAUGUUUGGCUAUACAAGCAUGUCCAAGUCCGCUGUGAUGACCAGCACUCCCAUGAAGGGUCAGCACCCAGCCAGUUCCAGCAAGACCAUGGGUCAGACCCACUACUCCCCACAAAGACAGAGACCUGACGACCUUUUCUUGGAGGAAGAUCAGGCUCUUGUCACAGACAGUGAUUAUCCUGCUAUGUCAAAACAUUCCAAAACCAAAGUCAAAUCCAAGAAACCUAUUCGUGAUAUUGCGAGUGCAGCAUUCUCAAACAUGAGUUACAACGAUGAAGAUGAUGAACUUGAUAUGGACUCACCGUCUCAGGAGCAGAUGGGUUUUGCCCAAGAUGGCAAGGGACAACCCACUACUUCUAAGUCUGCGCAGAAUCUGCAUAUAGCUAGUAUUAGGCACCCAGCUUUUGCAAAGGGUUCCUCUCCCCCAGCUAUUACAAACGCCUCCCUGGAAGCAAUGAAAGUCUCUUCAGGCGGAUUCGAUCCAGGGACAUGGCCACGGAAACAGCGCAAGUUACCUAUCCCUGCUACAGCAGAGCCAUUUACUGUCAAGAAGAAAUAAGUUAUCUCAGUGAUAGAUCUGUUGGGCAAAAAAAAAUGCUUGUGUUUCCUGAAAAUAAGUUGUCAAAAACAACUAAACUAAACAAAAAUGUUAGGGAUCAUGCAUAUUUCGGGGAAUUUUUUCCUCAGACCUUAUGAUCAGUUUUAAAAAAAAAUUCCCCAAAACUUUCAUGAUCCAUAUCUUCUUCUUUUUUCAAUUUAUAUGAAUUUAUAAAAUGAAGUCACUUGUUCUUCUGACCUAUAUCUAUAAGGGGCAUUCAGAGAAACGCAAGUAUGAAUUUUUUUGGGCCAAAUGUAGUGUAUUAUUUAUCGUCUAAUUCUCUACCUACGUGCACUAGCCGUAUGAGGUAGUUGGUUGUGCUGUAUGCAGGAUGUUAAUUCUCACUCUUACUGCCCAUCAUAAUCAUAUAGCGUUGAAUUUAGGUUGUGUAUAACCCAGUUCUUUUGUGAUCAGUGUCCUAGUAAUCAUGUUGAAAGAGACAUAUUUCGCUGUGGUCAAUAAUAGCCUUUAGCCUUAUAGACUUUAUGCUGUUUAUGGCUUCGAUUUUAACAUUGUUAUAUCUGGUAGCAGAGGGAAUAAUUGAUAUUACCAUGGCGAAAACCUCAUCCAUUUACUGGGUAUGUCCUGAGAGGUAAUUACACUCCAGGCCCCAUUCCACAAAGCGAUCUUAGCGCUAAGUUGACCGUAACUCACAUACUUUAACGAACACUUACGAUCAUCGUAGCACUAAGAUCACUUUGUGUAAAAGGGCCCGGGGCCCAGCUCCACAAAGCGAUCGUACUCUACAUCUGUCGUAAGUCUGUGUUAAAGUAUGGGAGUUACGAUCAUCUUACCGUGACGAUCGCUCUGUGGAAGGCCCUGUACUAUUUAUUAUGUAAUAUUGUGAUAGAUUUAAUAUAAUACAGGUAUGAAUAAUAUAUCUGCAGCUGUGAUGUACUUAAUGUUUUCACACAAGAUGUAGGUAAAAUAGAGGUACACCUUGGUGUUAGAUUUGACUUUCAAAAUUCAUUUGUUAUGUUCACCUGUGGUUUAAUAGAACUGUUUCCUAUCUCGAUAUCUUUAUUCCUGAUUGUUGAAUGACUAGGAAUGUUUUAGAUGCAUAAAUGAUAUAUAAAUGUUUUACUAAUAUUUUCAUAUAGUUUAUUUUCUGUUCUUUUUGACUGUUCUUUCGAAAUAUAUUUUGUGGAAAUGCUAUUUUAUUUACGUUUUUGCUCUUCGUGAUAUUCAAGUGACAAGAGAGGUCUAUUUGCACACCAAAACUUGAACAUUUUGUACUAUCACACUGAGCAUUUGUGUGAAUAGUAUUACAAAUAAUUGUCUUAUCUCCCUUGGCAAGAAUGUCCAGCAAAAGCCAAUGUCAAGGUCAUUAUUCAGUUGUCCUUCACAAUCUUCUAAAAAUCAUAGCUUCUUUUCAAAACAUCUGCACAAUCAGAUGAUCACAAUUAAGAGCUCUAACAUUAGACCACACGACAAUUGAUGUGUGGUGUUAUUCACCUGAACAUUGUCCAAACAGCAAAACUUUGCUACCGGUACAUAAUUUGUUAUGUCACUUAACUCCUUCUGUAUAAAGAUCUGGGCCUGUUCCACAAGGCAAUAUUAGCGCAACGACUGUCAUUAGCCUAUGUUAAAGUAUGGGAGUUACGACAGUGUUAGAAUUUGGCACUAGUCCUGUAGUCCUUGCCAAACUGCCCAAUAGUUAAAAAUUGCCAUUUUUAAGGAUUUUGCUAUAUGUUAUCAUUAUAAGGACUAAUGGACUAAAUCUGUUAGUUUCUAUUGCUGUAUGAUCACCUUAGCGCUAAGAUCGCUUUGUGUAAUGGGGCCCUGAUUGGCUGAACAUGAAAUGAUUAUGAAUCUUACCUAAUUAUAUGUUGAACGGGACUGUGGUAGAAUGUAAAGAAUCCUGGUGACAGACUUCAUCCUUUUGUAUUUAAGGCAUAUUGAUGAAAGCAUCUAUUCCAUUUUUUAAGCUUUAAGACUUGUUUCUUAGUUAUGAGGGGACACGGGCUACACCCAACCAAGAAAUGUAGAACGUGUUCUAUGUCCAUGUUUCUGAAUGUACUUUGAUGUUCAUGACCUGUCUGACUACAAUGAAAAUUAUUCUGGGUUCCGUAAUCACUGACCAGUCUGGACCACCCUGUAAGUAUAUUUGUGUAUCAUGAAUGUGUUUAUUUCGCCUUUGGUCAAAGAAGUUUUAUUCGCCAAUCUCUUUAUCAGUGGUAGAGGUAAAUCAACUAGUCCACUAAUCAUUUCGGACUAGUGGGAUAUGUGAUGUUAUUACAUUUGGAAGAAAACUACUAGUCCUUAACACUUUUCACUAGUCUCAGACUAGUGGCUAUAGUCUCACCCUGGGUAAAGAAUGUGGAUGAACUGGAUGUUGAAGCGCAGUGUGAGGGGUCUUGCUGUAUGUUGAUAUGACUGUUAUUAGCCACUGCCUAUGUGAAGGAUGGAACUGUUUUAGAGUAGUUUGUUAUGUUUGGCUGUAGAAAUCUUUGGCUACAUCUGCUGCUCAGGAGGCCAGCGUUGUUGAGUUUGUUGAACAUUCACAAGUGGUAGAGUCCUCUGCUUCCAUUAGAAGCUCGCAUCACAUGAUGGCGUGAGCAUGUCUUGGUGUUGACAAUUGUCAUGUCUAUAUGGAGCUCGCAUCACAUGAUGGCGUGACCAUGUCUUGGUGUUGACAAUUGUCAUGUCUGUAUGGAGCUCGCAUCACAUGAUGGCAUGACCAUGUCUUGGUGUUGACAAUUGUCAUGUCUGUAUGGAGCUCGCAUCACAUGAUGGCGUGACCAUGUCUUGGUGUUGACAAUUGUCAUGUCUAUAUGGAGCUCGCAUCACAUGAUGGCGUGACCAUGUCUUGGUGUUGACAAUUGUCAUGUCUGUAUGGAGCUCGCAUCACAUGAUGGCGUGACCAUCUCUUGGCGUUGACAAUUGUCAUGUCUGUAUGGAGCUCGCAUCACAUGAUGGCGUGACCAUGUCUUGGUGUUGACAAUUGUCAUGUCUGUAUGGAGCUCGCAUCACAUGAUGGCGUGACCAUGUCUUGGUGUUGACAAUUGUCAUGUCUGUAUGGAGCUCGCAUCACAUGAUGGCGUGACCAUGUCUUGGUGUUGACAAUUGUCAUGUCUGUAUGGAGCUCGCAUCACAUGAUGGCGUGACCAUGUCUUGGUGUUGACAAUUGUCAUGUCUGUAUGGAGCUCGCAUCACAUGAUGGCAUGACCAUGUCUUGGUGUUGACAAUUGUCAUGGUCUAUAUGGAGCUCGCAUCACAUGAUGGCGUGACCAUCUUUUGGUGUUGACAAUUGUCAUGGUCCAUAUGGAGCUCACAUCACAUGAUGGCGUGACCAUUUCUUGGUGUUGACAAUUGUCAUGGUCUUUAUGGAGCUCGCAUCACAUGAUGGCAUGACCAUUUCUUGGUGUUGACAAUUGUCAUGGUCUAUAUGGAGCUUGCAUCACAUGAUGGCGUGACCAUCUCUUGGUGUUGUCAAUUGUCAUGUCUGUAUGGAGCUCGCAUCACAUGAUGGCGUGACCAUGUCUUGGUGUUGACAACUGUUGUGAUACUUACUAAUAGUUCCACAAGGAAAAUAAUGAAUAAGCAAAGAGGAAAGAUUGAUAUACCUGCUCCUAGUGAAUGGGUGUCCCAAGCCUAAUGAUACUUGUUCUGAAAUGAAAAUAAAUGGCUUUGAUAUGUUGUUCUCAACAAUGCUGCAUACAUCGGCAUGCUGUCCUCAGUUACCUGGACAACAUAAAAAAUGUAUAGUCAACAAAUCAAAUGUGAUUAUUUCUAAAAUCCCUGUGAGCAGGUAUCAAAGUAUAGUACACCUAAUCUUUCAGCACUUCUAGGCUGCAAGUAGCAUCCUCUAGGACAGCCUAUGGAUUUUUUAACCAAAAAUACAAUUCCAAUUUCAAAUAUAUAUUUUAUUUCAUCAAAAUGUAAAUAAAUUUUCCGCAGGUUUUAAUAAUAGUAUUUUAAAUAAUUUAUUUAUAUUGAUAGCGACAGUAAAUGAUUUUUUUAAACAUUUUACUUAUUUCUGGUUAGCAAAAAAAACCAAACUGCUUUUCAUAUGUUUUUAUUUUUUCACAUUUCAAUUUUUGGGAGUCGGUGGAUUUGUAUUGUAACAAGGUUUAAAAAGAGGUCUGGCCUCACUAUCAGUCUUGUCUGUUACACUUGCAGUAGCUGCAGCCAGACAAUAUCUCUCCCCACAAACAUGUUGCAUUUAACUGUGUUGGUGCAGCAUGCAAACCCAUGUUAGGACUCAGAUCCAUGGCUAAUACUCUGAUCUGUGAUGUACAUGUAGUUCCCAUCUGUGGUAGAUUUACUAUUGUAUCUCACAAACAAUGAUUAUUAAGAAAUUAGAUCUUGUAACAUCACAAUCCUAGCUCUAAAUAUUAAACUGACCAGAUGGGAAGUAAAGUGGGAUGCAGACAAAGCCAUGAGAAUGACACCAGCGUUGAUUCCGUGCUAAAAUGGGUCCCCAAAAACCUAGGCUUGUCAUAUGGGGCAUCUGAAUAGAUUAGAGUGAACGAGUAUUGUUUUAUAUCGUUUUUAGAAAUAUUCCAGAAAUGGGCUUCACACAUUGUACCCAUGUGGAGAAUCGAACCCUGGACAAGCGAACGCUUUAACCCCCAGCCUACCCCUCCACCCCGAAUAGAUUAGAUGACUUGGCUGAUUGUGUGUCAUCAUAUCCAUAAGACAUGGAUCAUUGCUUGUAAUAUCAAUCACUGGAUUGUCUGGUCCAGAUUGUUUACAGGCCCCUGUCAUACAGCUUGAAUAUUGCUGACUGUGCGCUAUAUUACUGAAACUCCCAAAACACAACAUGAGACUGAAAUGGGCAACAACCCUUCAGUAAGCAAGUAUGGUUUUACGCCACUUUCAGCAAUACAUAUGCAAUAUCCUGGCAGGGGACACCAGAAAGGUCAUCUCACAUUGUACCAAUGGGAAUCGAACCAGGGCCUUCGGCUUGACAAGUGAACGCUUUCACGUCUAGGCUACCCCAGCUCCUUCAUCCUUUGACACCACUUGAACAUGAUGUCAUCGUGCACGUGAUAUCAUUUGAGUGAGUGAGUGAGUUUGGUUUUACACUGCUUUUAGCAAUAUUUCAGCCAUAUCACGGUGGGGGACACCAGAAAUGGGCUAUACACAUUGUACCCAUGUUGGGAAUCGAACCCGGGUCUUCGGCGUGACGCUUUAACCACUAGGCUACCCGACCGCCCCUGAUAUCAUUUGAAGACAUGUCUGAUCUGACUAUGUUUGAUUAUACUUUCUGCUACAAGUCAGACAGAUUAGAGGCCAUCAUUGAUCCAUCUGAGUCCCACAUAUGUAUGGUGAUAACUGCACAAGAAGACAUUGCAUGUAUAUACUUACAAUACAAUUUGGCAAGUUGCAUAGAAUGGCAGUUGAAAUUGUUAUAUUAUUACCAGUAUUGCUUUUUAUAAGAACCUGUAUCUCCACAGCUCUGAACUGCAUUCUUUACUGGCAUGUAAUGAACAGGUGGCUUGAUUGUCUGGUGAAUCUGCAGAUAUCCUCCUGUCUUAGUGCCUCGAGUUUCAACAGGAGUUUAACAAGCCUGCAUCUGACAGGACACUGUGAUUUGGAGUCUGCAUGUCAUGGAAUAUUGUUGUUUGAUGAAUGACUGAAUUCAUGUCUGCCGAUUGCGUAGUGAUAUCUAGGUACAUAGUGACGCCUUUAACCUUUGCCCUGAUCUUAAGCCAGGAUGAGUUGGGCAGGAGCCGUCCCUUUUAUAUUUCGGGGUGGGGUGGGAUUUAAAAAACAAAAUCAAAACUGUCUGAAAAUGCUUUGAAAAAUAAUAAUUCUCCACAAGCCAUUCAAAAAUAAAUAAAGCGUUCACUGGAGAUGCGAGAUGAUCUGAUAAAUAUUAUGUUGAGGGUAGAAAAAAAUUGUUUUGGCUUCCUUUCUUCACAGAAAAAAAUUGUGGGUUUUUAAGCACAGACUCAUAUACUACACAAAAUCAGAUAGAAAACUUAGAAUUCUUUGAUAUUACCAUAGUUACUGUGUCAGGCUGGCAAAUCCCAGAUGCCUGAAAAUUAAACGGUCGGUCGGUCCCUCCCUCACUCACUCGGAGAUCCUGUGAUUGAUGAUUUGUGUAGUAAUUUCCUAGGUGCAUAGUGGUGCUGCCUCUGAAGCAGUGAUUGUACGUGACCUUGUCUGAAGGGUCGUGAAGCCUUUCAGUCAGAUAAUGAAGCAUAAACAAGAUGGCAACGAGAACAAGAGGAUGGCGAGUGAAGGGUUAAGUAGGCAUUAGUGAGUGACGUCAGAAGAAUAGGUUUGCGCAUGCAUUGCCGACAAAGUAUUGGAUUGUGGGAUAGGUAAAGUGUAACCUGAUCCAUAGUAGAAAAAAUGGAGUACGAUGUAUAAGUGAUGUACAGUUCAUAAUAAAACUGUGACGUUGUAAGAUACAUAAAAGCACAAGAAUGCUGCAGCUAAGGUAGUCGUUGUUUGUGCACAAACUAAAAUAAUAAAUUUAACAUUAGCUGACAGAGUUGUGAGGUUGUUGUGAGAGGGAUGUGUGAUAGUUUGUACUGCCUGCCUAUACUAGUCUGCCCAUUUGUUUGUUCAGUUCUGUAAACUUUGUGAUAUUUAGAAGAAAUUGAACAUGUCAUUGGUAUGAGACUGUAUAAUAGACAUGUCAUGAAUUGGUAUGAUGUCUCCCCUGAUAGUGGCAACUCAGUUGAUAGGAUUUGUGUGCAUUUUGAUGAUAUGUUUUUUGACAAGUAUGCUUCUUUAUUUACCUUGCCAUUUGUAAUGUUAGCCCGCAAUAUCCAUCAAAAUAGUAUCUGCCAUUCGCCCUAUCAGUGUUCCAGCCCUGGCCCCUCUCAACAGAACGAUUGUAGCACUACAACUAACGUAAGUCUACCGGUUGCUGUCACCAAUUUUCAUGGGAGCCUCCAUAAUCUUUUAACUUUGUUUUUUAAGCAUAUUUUUAGUAGGAAUCAUUAUCAACAAUAGACAUGACUACACAUUAACGAGUUGUUGACUUGUGUUGAUGUGAUUAUGAUAAGGGUAUGCUGUUUUAUAACCAUGAGCCUUGUUCACUCAUCCGUCAUCCGUCAUCCGUCAUCCGUAUCCAUAAGCUGCAAGUAUAAGUACAUAAAUUGCCAUGACCUUGUAUAAUCCCCAUGGAACUGAGAAUGAAAUGUAACUGACACUGAGCCAUUGUUCGGAGUAAUAAUAAAUGUAACUCUGUGAGCAUGCUUCAGUGAGUGGAUUCAGUGCAUUGGAAAUGUCCAUCAGAGCAGACCAAAUUAAUUACUUGUUUCACAGGAAGUUGUUUUCUAAAUGUCUUGAUGCAGGGGGGGUGUGAAAGGAGAAAACUUUGUUCAAGGGUUCACAAGUGGCACAUUUUCACACUAUACCGUUCCAAUUCAGUUGAUCAAGACAAUCGUUAUAGAGAUUGUAGUUGCCACAAAACUUUCAAUUAUCAUCAUGGUGUGUUUCGGGAAGAUGGUCGAUUGUUCGUUUUUCUUUAAGAACGCUCAUCAGCUUAUCAAAUGUAGAAACUUCAAAAAUCGUCUUGUUUUCAAUUUUCACAACUCUGACUUUCACAUAUUUCAAAUUAAGAGUUACCAAGAUGUGCAAAAAGGUUGAACUGUCAAUAUUAUUCUGCGUGUUGGUGUUUUCUUUAAACCCACGAGCAAUUUGUAUCCAAACGUUCAUGUUUGCUUGUCACCUACAGAGUUAUCAUCAGUCAUGACAAUUAUAAUCCUUUACAAGGUUGAAGGACCUUUCACAGUUGUCAGACAGAAGCAUCUUGACAUAAUGCAAAAACAAAAGGCAAAGUUUUGGCAGUGGGAAACAUUCAAUAUCAUUGACUGUUGGUAGAGAAUUAGCCAAUGGCUAUAAGGCUUUCAUAUUAAGCAGGGGGCACAGGUGGCCUAGUCAUCUAAGGCGCCACAAUUCACUGUGCAGAGUUGCGUCAUGCCAGAAACUUAUGAUUGUGGGUUCGAAUCCCGGUUCGCCCCGAUUAUGUUUCUAGGUUUGUC